CAGAAACACACACACACAGAAAGACUGAAGACCAGAAGUUUCUUGAGACUUUUACUUUGGGAUUACAAAAAAAAGUUGGGAUUCCUGCGAUAAGCGCAGACUCAUCAUGAAGCUCCUACUUUUGGCCGCGCUGCUCCUAGUGGCGGUGGAAGGAAGCGCAGAGAGAAGCCAGUGGCGGAGGUCCAAGAGGGAGCUGGCCGCCCCCCUCCACACGGGCGGCAUUCGCGACCCGCUGGGCUCGUACUGCCAGCGACGAGGCGGUUGCUGUCCGGGGAGGGACGACCUAUGCACCGUCCCGUAUUUGGACACCAUUUGCUACUGCGACCUCUUCUGCAACCGCACUGUGUCAGACUGCUGCCCUGACUUCUGGGGGCACUGUUUGGGUGUUGAGCCCCCGUUCAUCGGCUCCUGUGAAAGAAACGGGAUCAAGUUCUUCUCAGGACAAACUUACAAAGACAACUGCAACUUGUGCACAUGUGGCACCACAGGACGCUGGGAAUGUGAACAGCACGCCUGUCUGAUGGACAGCAACAUGAUCCAGGCUGUCAACAGAGGGAAUUAUGGGUGGAGGGCCGCUAACUACUCCCAGUUAUACGGUAUGACGCUGGACGAGGGCAUCCGCUACCGACUGGGCACACAAAGACCCUCCAAAUCCAUCAUGAACAUGAACGAGAUCCAGAUGAACAUGGACCCUGAAGGUGACAUCUUGCCCACCCGUUUCAACUCGGUGGAAAAGUGGCCCGGCAAGAUCCACGAACCUCUUGACCAGGGCAACUGUGCUGCCUCUUGGGCCUUCUCAACAGCGGCCGUGGCAUCAGACCGAAUCUCCAUCCAGUCCAUGGGUCACAUGACUCCUCAGCUGUCGCCGCAGAACCUCAUUUCCUGUGACACCAAGAAUCAGGGCGGGUGCGCUGGGGGCCGCGUUGACGGUGCCUGGUGGUAUCUCCGCCGCCGAGGGGUGGUGACAGAAGACUGCUACCCAUACAACCCCCCGCAGCACACGACGACAGAGUUAGCGCGCUGUAUGAUGCAGAGCCGUUCCGUGGGCCGUGGAAAACGACAGGCCACGCAGCGCUGCCCCAACGCGCACAACUUCUACCACAACGAUAUUUACCAGUCCACGCCGCCCUACAGGCUUUCCUCCAACGAAAAAGAGAUUAUGAAGGAGAUUAUGGAUAAUGGCCCUGUGCAAGCCAUCAUGGAGGUCCAUGAGGACUUCUUUGUGUACAAGAGUGGCAUCUACAAGCACACGGACGUCAGCUCCACCAAGCCGCCGCACUAUAGAAACCAUGGAACGCACUCAGUCAGGAUCACGGGGUGGGGUGAACAGCGUGAUUAUGACGGCACUCUUAGAAAGUACUGGAUUGCUGCCAAUUCGUGGGGCAAGAACUGGGGCGAGGACGGCUACUUCCGCAUUGCACGCGGCAAAAACGAAUGCGAGAUCGAGACCUUCGUGAUUGGCGUGUGGGGUCGGGUCACCAUGGAGGACAUGCACCACCACCGCCGCCGUCGCCGACAACACGUUUAGAGAGCGCUCGGGAGCCUCAAAACUUCAUCCGACGCUCCUUCUGUGCCACCCACGCCAGCAGGUGAUAAACCACUCCUAAGCUUUUUUUUGUUGCCUCGGUGAGCGUCUGAAGAAGCGCACGCCGGGUCCCUCAGGUACUGUUCCAAAGACCGCAUUACCCAGAAUUCUUUAUCUCCAGAUCAAGGGAAAUGUGUAGGAAAUGAUGAAAGAAAACCCCUUUUAAGUCGUUCUUUUUUAUGACCACUAAGAGACUGCGCCGAAUCAUUUUUAGGAAAUCUGAGAGGCUGAAAUCCCAAAAAACAAGCAUGAAAGACUCCUUGGAAUACAAUCCCCAUGUCAGACUAUUGACUUUUAAGACAAUACAUAUCCAAGUACAAUUUUGACCUUCAGAAUAAAACACACGUUGCGUGGGCCAAAUGUCUUAAAGAGAAGCCAUUGAUACAAAAGAUUGUUUUCAUGAUUGUUGUGCAAAGUAGUCUUAACGCUUUAUGAUGCUACGCUUAUGUUGCCGUGUUAUUCUGAAAUUUUGUUUUAAUACUCAUGUACUGUAUAUAAUGAUUAUAUAUGGGGAUCAUGCAAACUCAACACUCACGUGGCUUAUUUUUUGUAUUUUGUGUUGGGCGCUUCUGCAAAAACGAACAAAAAUUCCCGAGCUACAAGGAUUCAUUUAUAAAUGCUUUAUAAACUGGUUAUAACACCAUAUGAAGCCUUAAUAGCCUUAAUGACACUAUAAGCUAAGAACUGCCUGCUUACUAAAUAGUCAUUCCACAUUCGACAUCUGAUUCCAGAAGUACUGUACGCAACUAUUUAACCUGCAAAAUAGUGAACCCAUGUGUUGCAAUCCUUCCUUAACCAGCAUUAAGGAUUUGUUUGAACUGCCAAAAAUGGAGCCUACUUAUAGAUAAAAUUCCAAAGUCAACCAUUUGACAUGCCAAAUUGUGAGCCCACUUGUCUCUCUACUUUUUUUUUUUACUGAACUACUUCACUUGACAAAUAGUGAUCCUACAUUUAGCUGUGUUUUCUAGAGAAACAAUCCAACCAAAUAGGGACAUGGCUUGUAGCCAUAUUGGUCUGCCAAAUAGUGACCCCCACUUGAUUGCUGCACUUCCCUGCAAGGGCGUAGGUUUUCAUAGGGACGGUAGGGACAUAACACUACCAACUUUUCAGGAUGCUGAAAUUCUCUCCACCAACUUAUAAGCAACCUUAUUUGCAUUGUACAGUGCUGGCCAAAAGUAUAGGCACCCCUGCAAUUCUGUUAGAUAAUGCUCAAUUUCUCCCAGAAAAUGAUUGCAAUUGCAAAUGCUUUGGUAGUAAUAUCUUCUUUUUUUUUGUUGUUGCUCAAAAUGAAAAAACAGAAAGGAGAAUGGGGAAAAAAAUGAAAUCAUUAUCAUUUUACACAAAACUCCCCAAAAAAAUGGGACGGACAAAAGUAUUGGCACCCUUUGAAAAAUGCUUCUUUAGUUUGUGUAAUUAACAGCGCCCGUUACUUACCUGUGGCACAUAACAGGUGGUGGCAAUAACUAAACCACCCUUGCAGCCGAUUAAAAUGGAUUAAAGUUGACUCAACCUCUGUCCUGUGUCUUUUUGUGUACCACAUUGAGCAUGGAAAAAAGAAAGAAGACCAAAGAUCUGCCUGAGGACUUGAGAAGCAAAAUUGUGAGGAAGCAUGGGCAGUCCAUCUCCGAGGACCUGAAUGUUUCUGUCUCUACCGUGCGCAGUGUCAUCAAUAAUGCCCCUUUCCCACUGAAACUAGUCGGUCAACGCGCGUUUUUUCCAAGCCGAUGCAACCCACUAGCAAUUGGCAUUUGGCACCUUUCCCAUUGACAAAAAAAAGCCGUGUCUUUUUUUUUUUUCACCCGUCUAACCCCCCACCCCUCCUCAGCCGUGCGUAAGGUUACGUGACA